AUGUCUAUUUCACUCAUUGACAUGGGAUUCAACCACAAUAUUACUUUAAUAAUAUUUUUACUACUAAUUAAGUUAUCUUUUCAUGAGGCAUCUACAAUUAGAAAUAAAAGACAAUGUCCAUGCCAAAUUCAAUCAACUCCUAAAUGUAUUUGUACACCAGUACAAUCAACAACUUAUUCAGUAACUCCAAUUAAAAUGUCAUGUACCUGUACACAACAAACAACACAAUCAUGUUCUUGUGAAUCAUCUACUUCUACAACUUCAAGACCAAUUACUAUUAUUUCACAAUCUCCAUUAUCAAGUACUUCCUCAUGUAUGCCUAUUUGUCAAAAUACUUGUAUUAAUAAAUGUAGUCAGAAAGCCUCAUAUAAUCAAUGUCAAAAUAUAUGUUCAAAUUCAUGUCAAACAUCUUGUACACAAUAUUCACCAUCAACAUCUAAAACAUGUUCAUCAGGAAAUUGUGAUAAACAAACAAUUUUAAUUAAUAUAGAAACACUUGAGGCACAAUGUAAUAAUCAAUGUAUUAGUAAAAAUAAAUGUUCUACUCAAGAUUCAAAUUGUCAAAAUGCAUGUAAAGAAACAUGUUCAUGUCAGGCACAAUGUCAAGAAGUUUGUACUCAAGCAAAUCAACCUAAAUCACAAUGUGCUACUGGAUGUGUUUCAGCAUGUUCUUCAACAUCUACCUCAACACCAAUUGUAAUAAAUAUUGAAUUAUCAGAAGCUUCUAAGACACAAUGUCUUGAUACUUGUGGAAGUACUUGUAAUACAAAUUGUGUUUCAAAAACACAAAAUGUUGAAUCAUGUAAAAAUGCUUGUAAUAAUAGUUGUCAAACUUCAUGUAUAAAUUAUAAUGAAAUUCAACAAACAACUACAACAACACAAAAACCAAUAAUAUGUCUUGAAGUAUGUAUGCCAACAUGUAGUCCAUCAUGUUUAGCUAGUAAUGAAGUUAUCCAACAACUUUCUGCUACCGUAAAACCAACAUCUUAUUAUGAUCAAUGUAAUCAAAAUUGUAAUACACAAUGUAUUCAAAAUCAAAUGCCACAAGAUCAAUGUACUUCAUCAUGUAAAGAAGUAUGUAUAUGUCAAGAUCAAUGUAAUACGGGAUGUUUACCAACUAGUAAUCAACAAACAUGUACUGCUACAUGUGAAGCUGUCUGCCAACCACAAAUAAUUGUUCAACCAAUACCAGUAGCAACAACAACAUCAUGUCAAAAUAGUUGUGAAGCUACUUGUCCUCCAACAACUUCACAAGAACAAUGUUCAUCUAAUUGUCAAAAUACAUGUUGUAAAUCAGAAUGUCAAAAUAGUUGUAUGGCUCAACAAACAAAAUCAAUUAGUAAUUGUGAUAGUUUAUGUGAUUCUGCAUGUACACCAAUAAUAAAAACUAACAUUGUUAUACAACCACCAUUAUUAACAACAACACAAAAACCUCAAAAUACAGAUAAUUGUAAUAAUCAAUGUCUUAUUAGUUGUGAAUCUUCAUCUAUACCAGCUAAUCAAUGUAAUAAUACUUGUAAUCAAGUAUGUACUUGUCAAGAUCAAUGUAAUAAUGCUUGUGUUUCUCAAAAUCAUGAUUCUAGACAAUGUUAUGUAUCAUGUCAAACACUUUGUACUCCAACAUCUAUUCAAACUGGUGCAUCUUCUAAUAAUAUACAAUAUCAACAAAAUACUCAACAAUUAGCAGAACCUAAUAGUAAUAGUUGUAUAUCACAAUGUCAAAAUACAUGUGUUACAACAACAAACCCAUCUGAAUGUAACAAAAAUUGUGAACCUAUUUGUAUAUGCCAAGAUCAAUGUACAGCAUCAUGUGUUUCACAAAAACAACCAAUUGGACAAUGUAAAUCAGCAUGUAAUAAUGUAUGUACUGCAGCAGCAACAACAACUCAAUCAUAUGAAAUAAGUAUUGAAGCAACAAAUAAUAAUUGUCAACAACAAUGUACUAGUCAAUGCCAAGCAAUAGAUCCAACAAAUACUAAAUGUGAUAGUGGAUGUCAAGCAGCUUGUAGUGAUAACACAAUAUCACAAAACACAGCUUCACCAUCAAUUAUAAAUUGUCUUAAAUCUCAAAAUACUGGUUGUAACUGUCCAACAGGUUAUGACCCAUGUUCAAAUCAAACACAAUGUUGUUUGAGAAAAUGA